AUGGUGCACUCAUUCUCCAGCAGCUCUGAAUCAAACCUGAGUCUCUCUGUGGGCUAUUUCCCCUGUGAGGACAUCUCCUCCUGUGAGAACACCCUCUCCUGUGAAGACUCAUCUGCUGAAGGUCCUUCAGUCCACUUUGUCCCUCCUAUCCAAGGGUCAUGGUGGACUGAAAACACAGGGAGGCUCCUAGCGAGACAAGACCAGACACAGGACGGCCCAGAACAGUUCUGCAAACUCAGCAUCACCCUGGCCUGGGAUGUUGACGUGGCCUCUAACAAUUCAGACUUGGCUGCUAACUGUGACCUAAGUGGAGGCAACAGAGACAAGCACCCCAAAGAGAAGACACAGAUGACUCUUAGCAAACUGGACGGUCUUGUGCAAAAGCUUGAGAAAUUUCUAGAGAACCAGAAAGAUGACAAAGAUGAUGACUCUGUGUUCCCUGAAUCUGCUAAGGAGGAAGACUCCCAGCUGCCUAGCAGCUCCCUUCCAGGUAUGGCUCAGACAAUAAUCGAGGCAACUGGCAGCCAAGGGACAGAUAUUACAGAGAUCUCCUCAGUCUUAUCAGGUCUACCAGAGAAGGAGGACACUCACUCCAGCACAGAAGCCCUCUCAUGUCUGAAUUUCCGGUGCAUCUUCCGCUGGCUAAGGCACCAAGUCCUCCCCUCACUUUUGGGGAGAGAGGAUCCCAAGAAGGCCACUGAGCGUCCCCGUGAACUGGCACAAAAGAAAAGAUUCUCUCACAGAAGCAAGAGAAUCCAACCUCAAGAAUCCUUCGAAUUAGGACACCCCAUACCACCAGAUUUUUAA